GCAGCAAUAACAAAUAACAUUUUGUGCUUGUGCGUAUAUUUUUGUAAAGUUUAACUAUAGCCGAGCAGCGAACAAUUCCAAUUGGAAUUCUCAGCUGACUGCAGCUAAAACCGAACAACAAGAAACAGGAAGAAGAAGAAGAACCGCAAAAAUGGGCGAUUUUGAUUUAAAUGUGGACAGUUUGAUACAGCGGCUGCUGGAAAAUUUCAAAAAACAAAAAGAGGCCGAGGAGCAUGCCCAGAAGCUGCUCAUCUCUCAACAAUUGGCUGCCGCCGGUGUCGGUGCCGCCUCCACUUCAGCUGCCUGUUCAAUGGGCGGCGGCACGCCCCCCACUCCCAGCAGCAGCAGCGGCAGCAGCGGUGGCACAUCAGCAUCGGCAUCAGCAUCGGCAUCGGGUACGAGUGAUCCGUUAAAUGAGCUCACCGAUCAGCAGCGACGCAUGCUGCUGCAGGAAUAUUCAAUAUCGCCGCCCAGCGAGACAAUGAUAUCGGCGGAUGGCGAUCAGAUAACGGUGCAUCAUCCGCGCGAGGAGCCCAAAAAAUCCAGAUUGAAAUUGCGUGAUUUCUUCGUUGCCGAAUUUGUGCGCAGCUGCCGCACCGGCAAACAGGUGCAGAUGACGGAGGCGGAGGUGCGUGGCUUGUGUCUGAAGUCGCGCGAGAUAUUCUUGCAACAGCCGAUAUUGCUGGAAUUGGAGGCACCGCUGAUCAUAUGCGGCGACAUACACGGACAGUACACAGAUCUGUUGCGACUCUUCGAAUAUGGCGGAUUUCCACCGGCUGCCAAUUAUCUGUUUCUUGGCGAUUAUGUGGAUCGGGGCAAGCAAUCGCUAGAAACGAUCUGUCUGCUGUUGGCCUACAAGAUCAAAUAUCCGGAGAAUUUCUUUUUGUUGCGCGGCAAUCAUGAGUGUGCCAGUAUUAAUAGAAUUUAUGGCUUUUACGACGAAUGCAAGCGUCGCUAUAAUGUCAAACUAUGGAAGACCUUCACAGACUGUUUCAACUGUCUGCCGGUGGCCGCGAUCAUUGACGAGAAGAUCUUCUGCUGCCAUGGCGGGCUCAGUCCCGAUCUGCAGGGCAUGGAGCAGAUACGUCGCCUAAUGCGUCCCACAGAUGUGCCAGACACUGGCCUGCUCUGCGAUCUGCUCUGGAGUGAUCCCGACAAGGAUGUGCAAGGCUGGGGCGAGAACGAUCGCGGCGUCAGUUUCACCUUUGGCGUUGAUGUCGUCUCCAAAUUCUUGAAUCGACACGAGCUGGACUUGAUUUGUCGUGCGCAUCAGGUCGUUGAGGAUGGCUACGAGUUCUUUGCGCGCCGACAGCUCGUCACACUGUUCUCGGCGCCCAACUAUUGCGGUGAAUUCGACAACGCUGGCGGCAUGAUGACUGUAGACGAUACGCUCAUGUGCUCAUUCCAGAUAUUGAAGCCAUCGGAGAAGAAGGCCAAGUAUUUGUACAGUGGCAUGAACUCAUCGCGACCCACAACACCGCAGCGCAGCGCCCCAAUGUUGGCGACCAACAAGAAGAAAUAAUAUAUCCAUCCGCUUCCAUUUCCUUAAAAGGUUUAACCUCAACAAGAGCAACAACAAACAACAACAAACAACAACAAACAACAACAACAAAUGAAUAACUUUUAUAUAUACACAUACAUACGUACAUAAAUAUGUCGACAAAUAUCGUGUGCAAGUAAUUAACUAGUUAAAAACGCAAAAGCAGCAAAAACAACAAAAAAAAAAACAAAAAACAAAAAAAAAAAACAAAAUUCAAAUGCAAACAACAAUAAAGGAAGAAUAUCAGAAAAGAAUCACCGUUUGCCAAAGUCGGCUAAA